CGGCUGCAUGGACAUACGCGAUCACACGCUGCAAACGACAACUGAUUGAGCUCAGUACCUUGAAAGGAGGUAUACUGACUUGGUUCUCUAUAAUUCUACAUUUCCUUUUCUCGGGUAUCCGGCGACUCUGCCAAAGACAAAGCCCGGGGCCACAUCAUCAUGUCCUCUGAAGCAAUGCGCCCUAGGGGCAGACCCGCCCAUACCCCGGGCACUACAGUACUCGCAUAUACGCCUGAUGGCCGGCGCGUGAUUACUGGCGGUUCGAACUCCGCAAUUCGUAUCUACACCGUGGGACAAGAUGGCGAGCCGAAGACGGUGGACGAGGGCGUCGACGGGCAUCUGGGUAUCGGUGCUACUAAUGAAUCUUUCAUUAUGGGCGCAGAAGACGGCACGGUUUGGCAAUACGAGAUUCAGUCAGGCAAGAUGGUGAAGCUAUUGGUGCGAUGCAUGCUUCCAGUACGGGAUAUCGCAAUCUCAAGGGAUGGCGAGUGGGCCGCGGUAGCGAGCGAUGAGCUUACAGUGAAGAUCGUCAAUAUUGAGGACAUGACUAAAGUCAAGUAUCUACGGGAACAGUCGAAAGGCGCCAAGCACGUUACUUUCGAUCCGAGUGGCCGAUACGUUAUGGUCUCCUGUACGGAUGGUAUCCUUUACAUCUACUCGACACUUUCGGACGAACCCGAAUUGGUGCAGAAGCUGGACGGGGUGAUUAGGCGACUUGAGCCGGAGGUUGAGGCCACAUCCCGGAUUGUCUGGCAUCCUGACGGAACGGCGUUUGCUUCCGCCGAAGCGACCCGGGAUAUUGCGAUCUUUUCCACGGGCGAGUGGAAGAAGGAGAAGGUGUUUGCUGGCGGUCAUAAUGGACAGAUUACGGCGCUCGCUUGGUCACCUAAUGGAGCGCUUCUUGCGACUGCUGGCGCGGAUGGUCAGAUCCUGCUAUGGGAGACAAGGACGCAGAAGAUAUUACAACGCUACGAUUUUGCGAACGUGAUAAAUCUUGCCUGGCAUCCAACGAAAAACUCGGUCUCAUUCACAACGUCUGACGGAGAAUUGUUUAUCUACGAUGAUUUCGUUUCCAAGGAGCAUCAGCCACUGCUUGAGAAGCCACUACAGGCCGCACCUAUCUUCCCCGGGGCCUUGACAGAAAUCUCUGACAAUGUAAGACGGCCAUUGGCGAACCGCCCGAAGGAGACCAUCGAACGGAGGCAAAGAGCCGGGAGCCUUGACUCUCUCGAUGAGAUCCUCAAUGGCGAUGUCGGCAUGGAUGAUUUCGUCGAGGAUGAUGACGGGGCUGGCUACGCGGAGGACAUCAAUGGGUUCGGCAAGCGAGUUGGCUCACACACGGAUGAGAUCGAUGGCCAUACCGACAAGCGAGUCUUGACGGCCUUUGCCAAGCCGAAGAUUCACCCUCCUCUCCAACCAGGAAGCACACCCUGGCGUGGCAACAGACGCUACCUCUGUUUGAACCUGACCGGUUGUGUCUGGACGGUUGACCAAGAAACCCAUAACACCAUCACAGUGGAAUUUUACGACCGCGAGCUUCACCGUGAUUUCCACUUCACGGAUCCAUACCUUUACGAUCGGGCUUGUCUGAAUGACAAUGGAACUUUGUUCUCCAAUAACCCCACGGAUGGCAGUCCAGCGACGAUCUUCUAUCGCCCUCACGAGACAUGGACAACCCGGGCCGAUUGGCGGACGCAGCUUCCAAAGGGCGAAUUCAUCCGGGCGCUGGCGCUCAGUGAAUCCUACAUUGUUGCUGUAACGACCAAAGACUACGUUCGUGUCUACACAUUAUUCGGCACCCCGUUCAAAGUUUACCGGCAGAAGAGCCCUGCCGUCACUUGUGCUGCAUGGCGAGACUAUAUCAUGACUGUGGGCAACGGUCCACUGAGCAGCGAUGGCCGAACAGCAACACUACGAUACUCGGUAGAAAACGUCAAGCGGGACGAGAUUUGUCAAAAUGAGGACGUUGUCGCCCUGCCUGAAGAUACCGAGUUGCAAAGUGUCUUCUUUUCUGAUAAUGGGGACCCAUGCAUUUAUGACUCCGAAGGCGUGUUGCUUGUCCUGCAGCAUUGGCGCAACAAUGGCCAGGCUCGGUGGGUACCGCUGCUAGACACGAAGCAGCUAGAGCGAUUAGCCAGCGGACGGAAAGAGGAGACCUACUGGCCCGUUGCUGUGGCUCAGGACAAGUUCCACUGCAUCAUUCUCAAGGGAGGUGAUAAGUAUCCGUACUUCCCGCGGCCGCUGUUGAGCGAAUUCGACUUCCGCAUCCCGAUUUCCGACACACCGGGCAAGGGAGCCGAAGACGACGAGGACAGUGGCUCGAUUCGACAUGAUGGAGCUCGGUUUGAAGAAGCUUUUGUCCGAGGAAACAUCUUGCUGUCACUCUUUGAAGACCUGGUGUCUACCACUAACGCCACGGCAAGUCAGCGCGCUGAGCUGGCUCGGAAGGAAGUUGAGGUGGAUAAGAUACUGCUGCAACUUCUAGCAGUGGAGUGCCGAGAGGGCGAGGAGCGAGGCAUGAAGGCGUUGGAACUGGUACAGAUGAUGAGGGAUCGCAACGGCAAGAUGGUGGAGGCGGCCGUCAAGGUGGCUGAACGGUAUGGCCGAGGCGUCCUGCAAGACAAGAUCCGAGAACUGGCCGAAAGGCGAUAUCUUGGGGAGUAUGACGAGAGAACGUAAAGGGAGACAUGCCCUGUUUCAAAGGUAUGACCACACUAUAAUCAUUAUGAUAGAUACCACCAAUGCAUGCGCACAUAUUUUGGCCUUCAUACCUUCCUGCCUUCAUGCCUUGUGGCCUCAGGCCACAUUCCUGAUCGAUUUACGGGCCGACGUCAUAGCCGAAGCACCAAUCACAGCUAUCUCCGGCCGAAUCAUCUCCAUCUUCGACGGGACUCUUUCUUCACCUUUCCAUGUUGCCAGCCAACUUAACCAUCUUGAUCAUAUCUAUCUGACCCUCUAUGACUUGACUUUGCUUGGCAAUGCAUGUGAUGAUCUUCCGACAGAGGCUUCCUGGAUGAGAGUCCCGUCCACCUCUUCUACGACUCCGUGAUGCCGACGCUUACUGGCCGUGCGCUUCCUUGCGCGCGAAGCCGACGAGGAA